ACUACACAACCACAACCACAAUGUCUAGAACUUUAGAACGUGAAGAACCAAACUAUUUCGGUGCUGGUCCUGCAUUGUUACCAACAUCAGUGUUACAACAAGCUGCUUACGAUUUAAUCACUUAUGAAGGUGACAAUAUCGGGAUUGGUGAAAUCUCUCACCGUUCCAAACCAGCCAUUAAAGUCAUUGACGACACCAAAGCUAACUUGACCAAAUUGUACAAUAUCCCUGACACCCAUGAAGUCUUCUUCAUGCAAGGUGGUGGUACCACCGGAUUCUCGUCAAUCGCCUACAACUUGUUUGCCAACUAUGCCCACAAAACUGGCAAGAAAGGAAAGGCUGCAUACGCAGUUACCGGGUCAUGGUCCAAGAAAUCAGCCGAAGAAGCUGAGAGAUUGGGAUUUGACGUUGAUAUCGUUGUCAACACAAAGAGUGAAAAGUAUGGUACUAUCCCACCAUACUCUGAAUGGAAGCCAAUUGACAAGGACACCGCUUAUUUGUACGUCUGUGACAAUGAAACUGUUCAUGGUGUUGAAUUCAAGGAUAUCCCUGGCCCUGAUUACUUAUCCGAAGGCGUUGAAUUAGUUGCCGAUAUGUCUUCCAACAUCUUAUCCAAGCAGAUUGACGUUGGCAAAUAUGGGUUAAUCAUGGCUGGUGCUCAAAAAAACAUUGGGUUAGCUGGGUUGACCAUUUACAUCAUCAAGAAGUCGUUAUUGGAACAAGCCUCCGAUGAAACUUUAAGACAAUUAAACAUUCCAAUUGUCCCAAUUGCAUUCCAUUACCCAACUGUAGUCAAGAACAAUUCUGCCUACAACACCAUCCCAAUCUUCACCUGUCAUAUUUUGAAGCUUGUCACUGACAAGUUGAUUGAACAAGGUGGUGUACCAGCCAUUGAGAAGAUCAACCAGGAAAAAGCCAAGAUCUUGUACGAGGCCUUGCAGGCAUAUCCUGAUCUCUACAGCUUGCCUGUGACUAACCCUAAAGUGAGAUCAAACAUGAAUGUUGUGUUUAGACUUCCAAAUGAAGAAUUGGAAGCCAAGUUCAUUAAGCAAGCGGGUGAAAAGAAGUUGGCUGGGUUGAAGGGACAUCGUUCUGUUGGUGGUAUGAGAGCUUCUAUUUACAAUGCUGUUACUCUUGAUAGUGUCAAGUUGUUGGUUGAGUUUGUCAAUGAUUUUGCCAAGGCAAACUCUGCGUAGUUUAUAUAUACUUUUAUUCCUAGUUUAUUCGUAGUUUAUUCACAGUAAUACAUUUUAUAUACCUCAG